AUGGAGCUGGCAAUGAUGAGCAGGUGCGUGGCCCGCAAGGCCUCUUCUAAGGUGUCUUCAGUGCGCCAUUACAGCAUUGUACACGAUGUACCUCGAGUGGCCGCCAGUCUCUCACAAAAUCCUCCUCCAGCGCCGACACCGGGUCGGUCGGUGUUCGACCAGGCGGUCAAUGCCAGCAUCCCAAGGAAUACUUGGACAAAGGAGGAGAUUACGGAAAUACAUCAAAGGCCUCUGAUGGAAUUGGCUUUCGCCGCGGGCACCGUCCAUCGCCGAUUCCACAAACCAUCGGCAGUGCAAUUAUGUACACUUAUGAACAUCAAGACCGGCGGCUGCACAGAAGAUUGCUCUUACUGUGCCCAGUCCUCCCGUUACAAGACAAACCUGCAAGCGACCAAAUUGUCCACCGUCGACUCCGUCAUCGAGGCCGCAAAGGUUGCCAAAGCCAAUGGUUCCAACAGGUUCUGCAUGGGUGCAGCCUGGCGAGAUAUGCGCGGCAGAACGCGUGGAAUGAAGAACAUUGUUGAAAUGGUCAAAGGGGUCCGUGCUCUAGGCAUGGAAGCCUGCGUUACCCUAGGCAUGCUGGACAAGCAACAAGCCCGAGAAUUGAAGGAAGCCGGAUUAACAGCAUACAACCACAACGUGGACACCUCAAGAGAACACUAUCCCAACGUCAUUACCACCCGGAGCUACGAUGAACGAUUGCAAACGCUAGAGAAUGUGCGAGAAGCGGGCAUCCACGUCUGCAGCGGUGGCAUCCUAGGUCUCGGAGAGACACCGGCGACCGACCACGUCGGACUCAUCUACACGCUCGCCACUUUACCAGAACACCCUGAAUCAUUCCCCGUAAACAAGCUCGUGCCGAUAAAGGGAACACCUAUGUUCGGCCAGGAUGCUGUGAAACUAGAAGAUAUGGUGCGCUGCAUCGCCACCGCUCGCUUGGUCAUGCCCAAGACAAUCAUCCGCAUCGCAGCUGGCAGAGUCAGUAUGCCGGAGUCGGAGCAGAUGCUGUGUUUUAUGGCUGGCGCCAAUGCGAUUUUCACCGGUGAGAAAAUGCUGACUACCGAUUGCAACGGCUGGGAGCAGGACAAGGAUAUGUUUGAACGGUGGGGGCUUACACCGAUGCAGACCGAGGCGAGUAAGCUUGUGGAAGUUCCAGAAGAGCCGAAAUUUGAAUCGACUAGCUUUGCGCACUUCAAAGAGAAAGACAAUGGUGCUGAGAAGGGCGUAGAGGCAUAA